AUGGACGCCGUCGGCUGUAGAUCUGGGGCUCCCGGCCGAGACGGUGUGGGCUGCCGGCCAGCCGCUCCGUCCCGGUGCUGUCCAGGCCCCAGGCCCCCCGCGCCGCCUCCCUGGGCCCCCCUGAGCCCGCCGGGCCCGGGCUGUGGGGGGGGCAGCGGCCAGCACCUCCGGAACCUGGGCCGCGCCGUGGGGGCCAAGGUGAACGACCUCCUGCGGAGGAAGGAGCCCGGGGGGCCGGGGGCCACGGAGGUCAACGCACCCACCGGCGCCCAGCCGGCCCGAGCCGAGGACACUGUGUCCGAGAAGGAGGACGAGCAGGGCCUGGCCGCCCCGGAGGCCUUUCCCCGGCUGGAGCCGCCGCCCGCUGCCCCCAGGAAGCGGGUCUCGAGGGCCCUGAAGACCCCCCAGGACAUGCUCAUCUCCUCACAGCCUGUGCUCAGCGGCCUGGACGGGGACCUCGAGCUGUCCCCGGGGCGGCCCCCGGACCCCCCGCCCGCCCCCGCGGACGGCCCGGACAGGGACCCCGCGGUGCCCAACGGGGACGUGCCCGACCUGCUGCACCAGGACGGCCAGGACGCGCCCCCCGCCGCCGGGGACCCCCGCAGAGACAGCCUGGGCGCCCCCGGGUCCCCUCGGGCGCGGACCCCCAGCCUGGACCCGGAGGCGCCGCACCCAGACCUGCUGGCCUUCGAGUAGCCCCGCGCCCUCCCCGCGGGGACCGUGUCUGUGGGAGAAUGGGGUCGCCCCCCCUCGCCCUGCCCCUGCACC